GCAAGGAGCCGAGCCAUGCGGCCCUGUUUCCGGCUCCUCCCCAACAUCCGCGCCUCGCUGCUGUCCCUGCGCUGCGCGCGCCCGGGCUUCGCGCUCCCGCCGCUGCGGGCCUCCGGGCGCCCCUGGCGUCCCCGCCCCCCCGCGCCCCUGCGCCCUCUGGCCGCGGCCGCCGCCUCCCGGGACCCAGCCCCGCCCGCCUGCGCCCGCGCCCGCGCCGGCUCCCGGGUGCGCCAGAACUUCCACCCCGACUGCGAGGCCGCCGUCAACCGCCAGAUCAACCUGGAGCUGUACGCGGCCUACGCGUACCUGUCUAUGGCCUAUUACUUCUCCCGAGAGGACGUGGCGCUCAACAACUUCGCCAGGUACUUCCUUCGCCAGGCCCGGGAGGAGGCCCAGCACGCCGAGAAGCUGAUGCGCCUGCAGAACCAGCGGGGGGGCCGGAUCUGCCUGCGGGACGUCAAGAAACCGGACCGGGACGACUGGGAGAGCGGCCUGAGGGCCAUGGAGUGUGCGCUGCUCUUGGAAAAGAAUGUGAACCAGUCGUUGCUCGAAUUGCACACUCUGGCCUCAGACCAAGGCGACCCCCAUUUGUGCGACUUCCUGGAGACGCACUAUCUGAAUGAGCAGGUGAAGUCUAUCAAAGAACUGGGUGAUCACGUGCAAAACCUGGUUAAGAUGGGGGCCCCGGAUUCCGGCCUGGCCGAGUACCUCUUUGACAAGCACAGCCUUGGAAACGAAAACAAUCAGAACUAAGCCACAGGCUGCCCUCCUCGCUGCCCAGGGCGGGCCAAGACCCAGAGUCUGCAGACUCCUGCUUCCUUGCCCUUAAAAUGAACCUCUAUCUUUACACCCACUUAUGCUGUACCAAUAAAGUGACUUGUAGAGACAAUGUACUUAGCCUCGUGUUAACAAGGUCUUUUUGUCCAACAUCAAGAUCAUUUUUCCAGCCUGAAACGUAGCCCAGGAUAUUAUGAUAUAAAAAUGACUGUGGAAGAGCACUGCAAGUAGAGGCAAACUUUCUCCAGUUGCCAAAUAUUAUUCCGAUCCAUGAACCUUAACUAAAAUUCUGUGAUUUUUCAGCUGAGAAAGUGCCCCUUAUUUUCAAGGCCUCAUGCUAAAGCUAAAGUGGGAAAACAUGUUAAGAUAAAUAUGCAAAUAACUAUAACACGUUGGAGAAUAUAUAUAGUACUGUAAAAACCACACAUGUAAAAAUCUAGGGCUACUUAUACCCUUUCCCAGUAUGUUCCAAGAAAAAAAGUAAUGUCUGGCGGUGUUUUUAAAGGAUUUUGUGAUCAAAUAAAUUCAAGAAAAGCUGUGCAAAGUAUCAAUACUGGCCUUGGAAAGUCACAAUCUGUAUGAACAUUUGAAGGGCUCUGGGAAGUCUUGCAAUUAAAAACAACACAAAACAAAA